GGCCUGUCGGCUGUCGGCGCCAUGAUUGUUCGUUGCGCUGCCUUGUAUAUAGGCAAAUUAAAACUACUGUCACUUUAGAAAGACGAGUGAUAUUCAUAAAAAAUAUCUGUAAUUGUAAUACAACGUGAAUGAGUUUGUAAUGUUUAAUACGAUUUCUGGUGAAUGUUCGUCUAUAAAGUGUAAAAAUUGCAGGGGUGUGUGUGCAAGAAGACAUGUUUAGUUGAAUUUAGAACCGACAGAGCACAAAAAUUGUGUCAAAUUUAUCAAGUUAUUUUUAAAUAUUAUUUUGUUGGCUUUGCCUCUAAUAGCUAUACAGAUCUAUAAUUAUAUGUGAGAGUUAUAAAUAUUCAUAGUCUACUAGUUAGACUCGAGUGUUUGCAGAAUAUUUUAUGUACCCAGUUGCCAUUUUAAAAGAAGAGGGUGGCAUCGAAAGUGCUCCUAUUUUCGGUCACACAUAAUGCUGUUUUGAAUCUUUAACCGAUUUAAAAUAAAAAUAAAGUUUAUACAGAAAGUUAAUGUUUUAUCUUGCAAAAAAUCGAUUUUCUCGUAUUUAUAAACAAGUGAGUAAAUAUUGCAAAUACGUAAUGGAAAGGUACAACUUGCAUCAAUACCUUGCAUAGUUUUAUUUUCAAAUAAAUAGAAUAUCAAACACCAAACAGUGAGGACAUAAGUUCAUUUCGUCACAUGACCGCUUAUCUACUUGUCAAUUGUGUCGCCAUUCUAUAAACAAAUACAAAUCUUCUUAAAAUCAAUCUCUUUGCAGAGUAAAUUAAGCACAAAUUUUACUUCCCAUUGAAAAGUCACUCAUAUACGCGAUAUCAAAACGAGUGAUAAACUUUGCAAUUAGUUUAUGCGUGCUCAAGUGACGGAUCUGUGAUUUAGUGUAAUUCUAUAUGUAGGCUUAAUUUAGUGUAUACAGCGAAAGUGGCGCGCAACGGCGAACCGCGCGGGGCGGAGUCUCCCGAGACCUCACCCGAGGGGGCAACUUGUUGGUGGGCACCCUGGUCUGCCAUGGGUUGUUUCGGUUCGGCGGGCUCCAAACAAGCGGAGGGUGCCGGUGGCAGCUCUGAUGACACCAAAUCACAAAAAAGAAGAAGCGAUGCCAUCACCAGGCAGCUGCAAAAGGACAAACAGGUUUACCGAGCAACCCAUCGUCUCCUGCUCCUUGGCGCUGGUGAAUCUGGAAAAUCAACAAUAGUCAAGCAAAUGCGAAUUUUACAUGUGAACGGAUUUUCAGAAAAUGAAAAACGUCAAAAAAUAGACGACAUCAAGAAAAAUAUUCGAGAUGCUAUAUUGACUAUCACUGGAGCCAUGAGCACCUUAACUCCUCCCAUAGCCUUAGAAAAACCAGAAAAUCAAGCUCGAGUUGAUUAUAUUCAAGAUGUUGCUUCUGGCCCAGAUUUUAAUUAUCCGCCUGAAUUUUAUGAACACACUGAAGCCUUGUGGAAAGACCGAGGCGUCAUUCAGACAUUUGAACGAUCGAAUGAAUAUCAAUUAAUCGAUUGUGCAAAGUAUUUUCUGGAUCAAGUGAGCAUAGUAAAACAACCCAAUUAUACACCUUCCGAGCAAGAUAUACUGCGCUGUCGUGUCUUAACAUCUGGAAUAUUUGAAACGCGUUUUCAAGUAGAUAAAGUUAACUUUCAUAUGUUCGACGUCGGUGGCCAGAGAGAUGAACGUAGAAAGUGGAUUCAAUGUUUUAAUGAUGUGACAGCUAUUAUUUUUGUAACUGCUUGCUCUUCUUACAAUAUGGUUCUAAGAGAGGAUCCCACACAGAAUAGAUUGCGAGAAUCUCUUGAUUUGUUCAAAAGUAUCUGGAAUAAUAGAUGGCUGCGUACUAUAUCUGUGAUUUUAUUUUUAAAUAAACAAGAUUUAUUAGCAGAGAAAGUUCGUGCUGGUAAGAGUCGCUUAAGCGAUUAUUUUGCCGAUUUUACUCGAUAUUCGACGCCGGGAGACGCAUGUGCAGAGCCUGGUGAAGAGCCAGAAGUAGUUCGGGCCAAAUAUUUUAUUCGUGAUGAAUUUCUACGUAUUUCUACGGCAAGUGGGGAUGGGAAACAUUAUUGUUAUCCUCACUUUACCUGUGCAGUUGAUACUGAAAAUAUCAAAAGAGUAUUCAACGAUUGCAGAGAUAUUAUUCAACGCAUGCACCUAAGACAAUAUGAGCUGCUAUAAAUUUGGUCCUAGUAUAAUAUGCAAAAUAACAGCACAACUUUAAUUAAAAACCAUUUACAAUAUAUUAUGCUAAACUUUCAGUCAAUAAGAAGAAUAUCAAAAAUGAUGUGAAUUUACUGAGGUAAGUUUACAUGCUUUUCUAAAAACAUGAUUAAGAAUUAGUUUUCACAGCAUAUUUACAUGCUCCAUUAGUAAUGGAGUUUGUAUAUUGAACAUGAGCGUUAAGUAUGGUUUAUUUGUAUUUAGGUUCUAUGAAAUGUAUUUCUUUUUAAUUUUUCAUGUGUGCAUAUUUCAACAUAGAUAAUGCUGGUAUUCUUUACUAUAGGCGUAUUCUUUAUAUAUUGUGCAAUAGAAAUCAAUGUUAAGAAAAGAAAUAACAUUUUAAAUAUUAGUAACUAUGUUAUUUAAAUUUUGUCACAUGUCCAAUGGUGUUAUAUCUCAUCUAAAUAAGUAAAUUAACAGCAUUUUGUAAAUAUGUGUGCAAGAAAUUGAAUGGAUUUACAAUGAUCAAAAAUUACAAAAGGCUGACAUUUGGGCAACAAUUA